AUGCGCACGCGCGCAUCCCCUCUGGGUCCAAGUCUCAGCUACCGGCGCCUUACCUUCUUUCCCAGCACAAACUCCCCGCAGCCACCCCUUGGCCCCAAGACCCGGGCCUCCUGCAGCCCAGAUCUGGGACCUCCGAGCUCGAGGACUCGGCUCCUCCCGCCUCCAGCUCCGCAGUCGAGCGGAGUCACCAAUGGUCACAGGGUAAUUUCCCGGCGCAUCUGCUGGAAAAGGGGCCCUGGCUGUUUCCCUGGAACCGAGGUCACCCCACCCUCCCGGGGCGGGUCCUCCCAGCAGGCCUUCCCGUCCCGGGCCUCCGUCGGCACAGCCGCGACCCCGCUCGCCGUGGCGGCUCACCUGCCUGCCCCGCAGCCUGCCACGCUCUCCCGCCCUCGCCGAGAGGGGCACGGCAUGGCCCCGCGGCCGCCUUUCCCCCGAGCCCAGGCGGAGCGGGGCGGAGCAGGGCGGAGCCCGCAGCCGCGCCUGACUCGCGCCCCGCGCUGGCUUCAGCCUCGCUCCCAGCUGGCGAGCAGCGGCCCCGAGGCGGGGAGCAGAGCAGGAUCAAGUAACUAUGUGGCCAGGGCAGGAGACAGACCUCAGAAGUACUCUGCUAAGAAGAUGAAAAGUGUGCUGUAUGGAAGCAGCAGGAGUGAAGACAGUUAAGGAGAACAGAAGGAAAUUUUAAAGUGGAUCUUUACCCAAAUACAAUAAAAGAGCAAUAAAGAAAAUGGC